AUUAUCCCCAUGUUUGCAGUACUCCUUCAGCAACUGAAUUUUACUUCUCUUGCUGGAAUCUGGUGGCUGCCUGCAGGCUUUGGAUUGCCUGAAACCUUACUCCAUGAAAAAAAGGUGACACAUCAGGGUCGAAAGUUACAUUUAGAAAACAUCUUGGAUAGUUUAAUGAGAGGUCCAAUAUUGUGGAUGUAAUUUGUGGAAAGAAGAUUCGAAGAAACGUAUUCUCAGAUUGAGCAGGAAUGAGUGAAUUGUGUAAUGGCAAAACAGAACUAUACAGACUCUUCAGAGUUCAUACUUAUGGAUUUCUCUGUCCAGCCAGAGCAUCAACACCUUCUGGGCUUGAUCUUCCUAUCCAUGUAUCUCCUGACAGUCUUAGGAAAUUUACUGAUUGUUCUGCUGAUUUCCUCAGAUGUUCGUCUUCUGCAGACCCCCAUGUAUUUCUUCCUCAGGCACCUUUCUUUGGCAGAUGUGGGCUUUGCCUCGGUGACUGUCCCCAAGAUGCUACAAAACGUUCUCUUCCAGGUCAGGACUAUUUCCUAUAGUGGUUGUUUGAUGCAAAUGUAUUUCUACAUGACUUUUGCCAACACAGAUAACUAUCUUUUGGCUGUGAUGGCCUACGACCGCUACAUGGCCAUCUGCCAUCCACUACUUUAUGCCACACGAAUGAGCCACAAGCGCUGCCUCUUGUUUGUGGCAAUCUGCUGGCUCCUGGCAUCCCUCAAUUCUGUGCUGUAUACACUGAUAAUCUGUGUAAUGGCUAACCAGAACCAAACAGACAACUCAGAAAUAACCCUUUUGAUGAUCUCCAGUAGACCUGAAUAUCAGAGACUUUUCUUCCUGCUUUUUCUGUCUAUUUAUUUGUUGACCCUUCUAGGGAAUAUUCUCAUUGUCUUGCUUAUCCGCUUAGACAACUAUCUCCUUCAGUCCCCAAUGUACUUCUUCCUAAGCCACCUCUCUUUGGCUGACAUCAUUUUUGUUUCCACUACUGUUCCCAAAAUCCUGAUAAAUUUGAUGUCUCAGACUCAGACCAUCACCUUCAAUGAGUGCUUGACCCAGAUGUAUUUCUUUCUCGCCUCUGGUAACACAGAUAACUUCCACCUUGCCUGCAUGGCUUAUGACCGCUACGUGGCUGUCUGUCAUCCUUUGCAUUACAUCACUGUGAUGAACCGCAGGUGCUGCCUAUUUUUGGUUUCUGGAUCCUGGAUCGUUUCUGGUCUCCAUUCUUUACUCUAUACACUUUUGAUUUCACACCUUUCUUUCUGUACCUCUGUCGAAGUCCCCUAUCUUUUCUGUGAUGUCUAUCCUCUCCUGGAAUUCUCCUGUUCGAAUACAAGGCAUAUAACGUUCUUGGCACAGACGGAAGGGGUGGUGGAUUUGCUGGGGCCUUUAGUUGCCAUCAUUGUCUCCUAUGCACUAAUAUUCUCCACAAUCAUAAAAAUUCCCUCAACCGCUGGGAAAUACAAAGCAGUUUCCACCUGUGGCUCACAUCUGGCUGUGGUGAUCUUGUUCUACAGCACUAUCAGUUGUCUUUAUUUCCAGCCUCCCUCUGCCUACUCAGCCCAAAAAGGCACAUUUAUCUCUCUCUUGUAUGCAGUGGUGAUACCAAUGCUGAAUCCCUUCAUCUAUACACUAAGGAACCAGGAGGUAAAGUCAGCAAUAGUGAGACUUCUCGGUAGGCUGAGAACUUUCUUAAGAAAAUAAGAACAGAGUGAUGUUUCCAUGGUUGCUGUUUUUUUGGGGGGGGGGGGGUAGGAGGUGAAGGAUACUAGGGCCUUUAGCCUUUAGCUGUCUUCAUUAUCUCCUAUGUUGAUAUAUUUUCUACAAUUAUCAUAAACAUUCCUUUUAAAACCUAGGAAGCUGGCGGCCUUUCCCCUCUGUGGUUCUGACUUGAUUCUGGUCAUCUUGUUCUUUGGUAGUAUUGGUUUCUAGCUUGCCUCUGUUUACUCAACCCGCAAACAACCUUUGUCUGGGCCAGUGACAUUUGUGUUGAAUCUAUUCAUCCAAAACCCAUAGAAUCAGGAUACAGAAAGAACUAUAGUUAGAACA